AUGCCCCUACUGACCAUACCCGACCCCGUGCUCGACCCCAACCGGACCGUCGCGCCGUCUCUUCUAGUCUUCACACUACCUGCCCACCACGCAUCCCGUCCCCUUUUUGUCUGUCGAUUACAAUCGAACCAUCGGUGCCAGAGCCUAGUUAUGCCUUCAGCUCCCAUCAGUCUCACCACAAUGGAAGGUGAACUCGCUAAAUUACGUCAGCAAAUUCGAGAAGAACAGCAUCGACUCGAGGAAGCUAAGGAACUUGCGAAAACAUCACGACCACAAGCACAUCAGGAUCAUCUCGAGGCCUGCCGUUCGCUCAGUCUCGCCAUUCAGGUCGUUACUGACCGCUCCUUAACUACGCAAGGCGACACGACCGACACGACCAACCCGACGCGAUGCUGUCGAAAACGCGGUGCAGAAACUCGUCGAUGAGGCGUACGAUAACCUGCAACUACGAAAAGAUCUUGGCUUACAGGGAACUGUGACGUUCGAGAGCCACACGAACCUUGGCGAGGCCGACGACAACUUACCCGAACACAUGCAUCUAUUUUUAUGGAGUAGGACGAUAUGGCCAACCGGCGCCAGCCUCGGGGCCGUCGAGUCUCAAACCCCAGCGUAGGGCGCGGGUGGAGGGCAAUUGGGCGGACCAGUUCGGCAUGCAUCGCACCUCUGACAGUCGGGACGUCCCUGCUGUGGCGAUCGAGUACAAGGCGCCGAAUAACCUGCUGCGCAACGAGGCGCAGCUCUGACGUGCUAAGCUCUGCUUUCCGCCUUCUGCUUUCCCUCG